AUAACUUGAGGAUGUCUGGAAGAGGCAAAGGAGGGAAAGGACUCGGUAAGGGUGGUGCAAAGCGUCAUCGUAAAGUGCUCCGUGACAACAUCCAAGGCAUUACAAAGCCUGCUAUCCGUCGUCUAGCCCGACGUGGUGGUGUUAAGCGAAUUUCUGGUUUGAUCUAUGAAGAGACUCGCGGUGUGCUUAAAGUGUUUCUGGAAAAUGUUAUCCGGGAUGCCGUCACUUACACAGAGCACGCCAAGAGAAAGACUGUAACUGCCAUGGAUGUAGUGUAUGCUUUGAAGAGACAGGGUCGCACUCUGUAUGGUUUUGGAGGUUAAGCGACAAUUGAGACGUUGUAAAUUAAAUACCACAAAGGCUCUUUUCAGAGCCGC